AUGAGUAGUCCAGAGAAAUUUGUGCGUUUCUCAGUACAAAACCAGGCAGAAAAAGACAUUGUGGUGACCCCAGCCAGAAACGGCGGUGUGUCUGCGGUGCGUGAAGUGCCAGUGGAGGAUGAGUUUGGUGCUUCACAGAGUGGACUUGAGGGCAAUGAUUGGUACGGCGAGGACGAAAGUUGUGUUGGUGCUGAAGAUGUUGGCGGUGCCGCUACUCGGAGCUCGCAGUUAUUCGAAUCUGAGGGCCCCGUUGCGCUGCCUCUCUCGUGCGCACAGGAGUCCUUGGCGCGGCGGAUCAAUUUUCUCAAAAAGUGGUAUUUGCUGAUGCAUGUGCUGUAUAUAAUGUCGCUGGUGCUUUUUGGUUCGUUACUGUUCUAUGUGCUUGAGAGCGGGAUUGCCUUUGUAGAUGCAUUCUUUAUUGCCAUGUCCUCUGUGUGCUGCUGUGGACUACAAACAGUCGAUGUUUCUGGGUGGAAGGUGAGCUCAAAUCUGCUGCGACACUUCUUGAUGAUAGGAGGAGGCAUUGUAUUCACAAGCGCCCAUCAACCACUGCUGCGUGUGUGGAUGCUGAAAAAGAUAUGGGGGAUGUUUGACAGGCAUCCGAGUGAUACGCUUGGCGAGAGGGCACUACGGGCUUCUAAACGCCUGUACGCCGAGAGACUUUGGUACACAUCGGUGAUCUGCGCCGUCACACCGUUCAUGUAUCUUACUUUCGUCAACGGUACUCUAAUGGCUAUAUUGCGUGUGUUCAACAGGUCUAACCUCAGAGGUUUGGAGGUUUUUGAAAUGACGAUUGCUUCCUUUCACAGCUCCAUCUUUCUUUCCAUGGAACCAUACGCCGCCGACGCGGUUGUUGUUCUGGUCGUAACUAUAGGGUGCGCGUUGGGAUUCACCCUCUUUCCGGUGGUGCUGCGUAUAUUUUUACACGCCGAGUGGUUUGUGUUUCGUCUGCUCGUGUGUGUAUACGUACGGUUUCAAAAAUCCCGAGCAACGGAUCGUCGGAACUCUGUUUUUAUGUUCAUAAGUGAAGACUCUCCACUCCUCUUAAAUGCACCAGUUCAUCAGGUGGGAUAUCUCUUUCGCGAGAGUGAUAUGAAGGGUGAGGUUGUGGGCGUCAACGCAUGGGAGCGAGGAUUCCGCGACGUUUUGGCGAGUAAGCAGCCAGCUUCAUUUCACGCGUUUCUGUUCGUUCGCAGCGAGACUCUCUACCUUGGCGUGGCGUGGCUUGCCAUCACGCUGGCGCAGGCAGCCCCAUUCUGGUUUCAGCAAUGGAGCGGAGAAGGCCUACUUGCCCCGUUCUCUACGCCGUACAAAAUUUUUCUCUCCGUCUCCCAGGCUGCUGUUGUGCGGUUUGCCGCGGCCUCAUUUGUCUCUUGCUUAGAAUACAGCAAUGCCCACAUCGCCAUGACGAUACUCUGUAUGUUUUUACCCGCUCUUCCCAUUUCCACAGAUCGCACAUAUCGGAAAUGGAAGCAGAUGUUCCGCACUUCUGUUGUACGACUCUUAACAUCUCGAUUAUUUUGGUUGUUUACGGCGAUGUUGAGCAUUCUUUUUGCGGAGCAAGAUGGGCUUAUUCAUGAGUCGGAGGGCACCCGAUUUGAUGCUAUGACACGUUCACUUUUUGAAGUAAUUAGCGCGUUCGCAGGCUGUGGGCUAUCUCUGUCACUACUAGGGUCACCAGUCUCAUUCGUUGGCUCUCUAGGGACCUUUAGUAAGCUUGUUAUAGCUGCCGUGAUGCUCGGUGGCCGCCAUCGCACAGUGGAUUUGGGCAUUGACCUGGGCUUUGCCGUUCUGCAGGCGGAUGAGAGGCCGCACUCCGGGGUGGGGGCGAGGCGCCCGUCCGUGGAGACGGCAGCCGCUUACCGCAUUCUCAAGGGACUUCGCACCUCUAGCAAUGAUGACCGAAUCGGCAUGGGCCAAGCGGGGUCUGUGCAAACAAAACAGUGGUGA